AGAAUCAUCGCACAGGUCGUCAUUGUCGGCACACAAGUCUUUGGCCGGGCGUUUGUCCAGGCGUGGAAGCAAGCAGCAGCCAAUUCGGCGCGUGUCUCGCAAGAGUCCUCAGGGUCUGCCGUCAAGGAUGCCAUUACAAAGCAGACGGGCAUCACGAUUGAAGAGUCAUGUCAAAUUUUGAAUAUCAAGAAACCAGAGCUCAAGCUGGAAGAUGUAUUGGCGCGGCAUAAAGCCAUGUUUGAGGCGAAUGACCCUGCCAAGGGCGGCAGUUUCUACAUCCAAAGUAAAGUGCUGAGAGCCAAGGAGCGGCUCGAGAUGGAGCUGAGCACAGCCAAAGCAGAGGCAGAA